CUCGGAUGAAUCUUCAGUAACCGACAGCCAUUCUUUUCUAUUUUUUGCAGGUCGAUUUUUUUAUCUUAAGUGUUUUUGCCCUCCCAAACAGCCCUUCAUGGCCGCCUUUUCUUGCUUUGCCUUCCCCCUAAUCUCCGUUUCUUCCCAGGGUUAUAAGUUUUACAUAUAGUCCCGAUUAUUGAUAGGUGGAGGGGUCUGGAUGGGAGGCACAAUUCAUAUUUUGCUCAACUACUGCCCAAGUUUGGGUUCAAAGGGAAAUCAGAACUCAGUUAUUGUCACUGCUAGAACUGCAAAUCACAGACUUUACUACCAAAAAAUAGGGAAGGGCAAUCUGUGGAGUGAAUGUAGCUUUCUUGGGAAAUCAGGGGCCUCAGUUCAACCCAUAUUUGGGAGAAAGUCUUUGCACAGGAAGAAGUUCGGGGUAUCUGCAUCAUUUUUGGCAGCUUCUCAAAUUGCUAGCAGUGCGUUUACAUGGGGGACUGUAGCCGUCCUUCCAUUUUAUACAUUCAUGGUUGUUGCACCGCGGUCCGACUUGACCAAGAAAUUGAUGGGAAAUGGCACACCAUUUGUCGCACUUGGAGUGGUGUAUGCCUAUCUUCUGUAUCUUUCUUGGACACCUGAUACAUUGCGGUUUAUGUUUUCUAGCAAGUAUUGGCUGCCAGAGCUUCCCGGCAUGGCUCAGAUGUUUGCGAAUGAGAUGACUCUGGCUUCCGCGUGGAUUCACCUGUUAGUGGUGGAUCUUUAUGCUGCAAAGUACUCUAUCUUAAUUUCCCCGUCCCAUCUAUUUUGCUUUUCUCGGGUGGUGUGUGUCAAAUAAAAGUAUUGCGAUGAAUAUUGAUAGUUUUUGAACAAACAGGCAGGUGUAUGAAGACGGUAUGCAAAAUGAUGUUGAGAUCCGUCAUUCGGUGUUGCUAUGCUUGCUAUGUUGCCCCAUUGGAAUUCUGGUUCAUAUCAUAACCAAAGCUCUAGUAAAUAGCCAGAAAGGAAAACGCACAAUUCAAUAGGAAUUCCACAAUUUGUUUCUACUGCACUGUUGCUUUUAUCGCUCCAAUGGAAUUAUUAGAACUGUUAAAUCAUUGUUAAGAUGACCAUCGUGAGCCUUAUUUACACUUUUGGACUUUGGAGUUAUGUUAAUUUUUCUCAUGCCCAUUUGGUAGCACCAAUUAUGACUAGUUUGUUAUAAUUUGGGGGUGGGCAAAUCCAUUAGGUCAACUGUACGAAACCGAAGUAAAUCAAUCCAAGAUUAAACUAUAUGCAAUUCGGUUGAUUUUGGCCGUAUUUAUUCCGAUUUGAAGUA